UCUAAUAUCUUGGUUAUUUUACCGGGAUCAUGUGGACACCGACCGAGGACGAGAAAAUCGGAGUGGUGGUCUGUAGUUUCCGCGGAUCAGUGUCACAUGGUCUAACUCUAGAGCUUGGAGAAACGGUUCAUAUCCUGGAAAAGUGUGAAGGAUGGUACCGAGGAUUUUCCACCAAGAAACCCACAAUCAAGGGGAUCUUCCCAGCUGGCUACAUCCACUUGAAGAAGGCUGUCGUCACGAACAGGGGGCAAUAUGAGACUGUGGUCCCGCUGGAGGACCCCAUCAUUACAGAGGUCACCUCUACGCUGCAGGAGUGGUCCGUCCUGUGGAAGCAGCUGUAUGUGAAGCAUAAAGUCGACCUCUUUUACAAACUCCGUCACGUGAUGAGUGAGUUGAUUGAUCUGAGGCGACAACUGCUUUCAGGCCACCUGACCCAGGAUCAAGUCCGUGAAGUCAAACGCCACAUCACUGUACGACUGGACUGGGGCAAUGAACACUUAGGCUUAGAUCUGGUACCCAGGAAAGAGUUUGAAAUGGUCGAUGCGGACCAGAUCAGCGUUUCUGAUCUCUAUAAAAUGCACCUAUCCAGCAGACACAGCGUCCAGCAAAGCACAUCCCAGGAUGGCGGAAGACAAAGACACGGGGAUUCGUGUCGAAUGCCUGUGCCGCACCAUCUCUUUGUCAACCUAAAGAGCUUCACAUACAACACCAUCGGCGAGGACACAGACAUCUUCUUCUCUUUGUAUGACCUGAGAGAAGGCAAGCAAAUCAGUGAGAAGUUUAUGGUGAAACUCAACAAAAAUGGUGGCCCAAAAAACCCAGAGAAGGUCGAUCGUCUCUGCGCCCUCUUUACGGACUUAAGCAACAAGGACAUGAAGCGAGAUCUGUACAUUGUGUCCCAGGUCAUCAGGACGGGGCGGAUGUUGUUAAACGACUCGAAGAAAGGCCCCCCUCAGGUCCAGUACCGCCGGCCGUACGGAUGCGCAGUGCUGGCCAUGAGCGAUGUCCUUCAGACCAUCUCUGAACUCAAAGAGGAGAAAGACUUCGUGCUCAAAGUUUACACGUGUAAUAAUGAAAAUGAGUGGUACCAAAUUCAUGAGAACAUUAUCCGCAAGUCCAGCACCAAAUACACCGCCCCCAGCACUAACUACGGUCUAAUCAUCUCACUGCAGCUGUUGAGGGGCGACAUGGAGAAGGUGCGCAGGGAAAACCCCAUCAUAUUCAACCGCGGCGUGGCCAUCACACGCAAACUGGGCUUCCCUGAUGUGAUCAUGCCAGGCGACAUACGCAACGACCUCUACCUCACGCUGGAGAGAGGAGACUUUGAGAGAGGAGGCAAGAGCGUUCAGAAGAACAUCGAGGUCACCAUGUAUGUGCUCUACGCUGACGGCGAGAUCCUCAAAGAGUGCAUUAGUCUGGGCUCAGGAGAGCACAACAUCAGCGAGUACCGCUCUUUCGUCCUCUACCACAACAACAGUCCGCGCUGGAGUGAGGUCAUCAAACUGCCCAUCCCCAUCGAGCGCUUCCGUGGCUCCCAUCUGCGCUUUGAGUUCAGACACUGCUCAACAAAGGACAAAGGAGAAAAGAAGCUUUUUGGCUUUGCUUUCACUCCACUCAUGAGGGAAGACGGUACCACACUGUCAGACGAGAGCCAUGAGCUUUACAUCUACAAGUGUGAUGAAAACACCACCUUCAGUAACCACGCGCUGUACCUGGGGCUUCCCUGCUGUAAAGACGACUUUAACGGCUGCCCGAACAUCCCGUCCAGCCUCAUCUUCCAGCGCAGCACUAAGGAAACCCUCUGGAUAGCCACUCAGCUCUCUUCCACCAAACUGACUCAGAAUGUCGAUCUGCUAGCUUUGUUGAAGUGGAAAGCACAUCCAGACCGUGUAAUGGACAUUUUAGGGCGAUUGCGGCACGUCUGUGGGGAAGAAAUAGUCAAAUUUCUUCAAGACAUCCUCGACACGCUGUUCUCCAUUCUGGAUGACAACACAGACAAAUAUGGACCCCUGGUGUUUCAGUCACUGGUGUUCAUCAUCAAUCUGCUCCGGGACAGUAAAUUUUAUCACUUCCGGCCUGUGAUGGAUACCUACAUCCAGAAGCAUUUUGCUGGAGCAGUGGCUUAUAAAGAGUUGAUUCGCUGUCUGAAGUGGUAUAUGGACCGAUCAGCAGAAGUUGUUAGACAGGACCACAUCCAGGAAGCCAUGAGGGCUCUAGAGUACCUGUUUAAAUUCAUCAUCCAGUCACGGAUCCUCUACUCCCGGGCCACCUGUGGGAUGGAGGAGGACCAAUUUCGGGCCAGCAUCCAGGAGCUUUUCCAAUCCAUCCGUUUCGUGCUCAGUCUGGACAGCCGCAGCUCUGAGACACUCAUUUUUACCCAGGGUACCCAGCCAACUACAGGACAAGCCACUACCAACCAGGGCAACUGCUUGCAGCCGUUGAGCUGUAAUUCCCCACGGCCCUCUCAGCUGUGUGCUGCCCUACUCAACUCUUUCCCAGCAAUUUUUGACGAGCUCCUCCAGAUGUUCACAGUACAGGAAGUGGCAGAGUUUGUGAGAGGAACUCUGGGUAGCAUGCCUAGUACGGUCCACAUCGGUCAGUCCAUGGAUGUGGUUAAGCUGCAGUCCAUUGCUCGGACAGUGGAUAGCAGGCUUUUCUCCUUCCCAGAAUCAAGGAGAAUUCUCCUUCCUGUUGUUCUCCAUCACAUUCAUCUGCAUCUGCGGCAACAGAAGGAGCUUCUGAUCUGCUCGGGAAUCCUGAGCAGCAUUUUCUCCAUUAUUAAAAGCAGCUCACUGGAGAGCUCUGUGCAGGAGGAGGUAGAGAUGAUGGUGGAGAGUUUGUUGGAUGUGUUGUUACAGACGCUGUUGGCCAUCAUGAGUAAAUCUCAGUCUCAGGAGGCGGUAAGAGGGCAGCGCUGUCCACAGUGCACGGCUGAGAUCACUGGGGAGUAUGUGUCCUGCUUGUUGUCCCUCCUGCGUCAGAUGUCAGACAUUCAUUUUCAACACCUACUGGACAACUUCCAAAGCAAAGAGGAGCUGAAGGAGUUCUUGCUGAAGAUUUUCUGUGUAUUCAGAAACCUGAUGAAGCUCAGUAUAUUCCCACGUGACUGGAACGUCAUGCGACUGCUGACCAGCAAUAUCAUUGUGAGCACAACUCAGUAUCUGUCGCCUGCUCUUCAUAAAAGCUUUACAGAUGCUGACUUUGAUUUUAAGGUGUGGAAUUCGUACUUCAGUCUGGCAGUGUUGUUUAUCAACCAGCCCAGUCUACAGCUGGAGACUCUGACACCAGCCAAGCGGAAGAAGGUCUUUGACAAGUAUGGUGAUAUGAGGGUCAUGAUGGCUUAUGAGCUGUUUAGCAUGUGGCAGAAUUUGGAUUCGUUCUGUCAUACGCUUGUACCACAAAAUGAAGUCCGAAACAUAAUGAUCCCCAUCUUCCACGAUAUGAUGGACUGGGAACAGAGAAAGAACGGCAACUUCAAACAGGUCGAGGCAGAACUGAUAGACAAACUGGACAGUCUGGUGUCUGAAGGCAAAGGAGACGAGAAUUACAGAGAACUCUUCAGUUUGCUAACUCAACUGUUUGGGCCGUACCCCAGUCUGCUGGAGAAGAUCGAGCAGGAGACCUGGAGGGAGACGGGCGUCUCUUUCGUCACAUCUGUCACGCGCCUCAUGGAGAGACUGCUGGACUACAGAGAUUGCAUGAAAGGUGAUGAGACAGAAAACAAGAAGAUCGGUUGCACUGUUAACCUGCUGAAUUUCUACAAGUCGGAGAUUAAUAAGGAGGAGAUGUACAUCAGAUACAUCCACAAGCUGUGCGACAUGCACCUGCAGGCCGAAAACUAUACAGAGGCGGCGUUUACCCUCCUGCUGUACUGGGAGCUGCUCCACUGGGAGGAAAGGCCCCUCCGGGAGUUCCUGCACUAUCCUGCGCAGAGCGAAUGGCAUCGCAAAGAGGGUCUCUGUCGUAAGGUCAUCCACUACUUCAACAAGGGAAAGUGUUGGGAGUACGGCAUCCCGCCGUGCCGUGAACUAGCCUUCCAGUACGAGUCCCUGUACGAUUAUCAGAGUCUCAGCUGGAUACGGAAAAUGGAGGCAGCAUAUUAUGACAACAUCAUGGAGCAGCAGCGACUAGAGCCGGAGUUCUUCAGGGUGGGAUUUUAUGGCCGGAAGUUUCCCUUCUUCCUCAGGAAUAAGGAGUUUGUCUGUCGAGGGCUUGACUACGAGAGACUCGAAGCCUUUCAGCAAAGAAUGCUGGGAGAAUUUCCACAAGCUAUCGCCAUGCAGCACCCAAAUCAACCAGAUGAGGGGAUUUUACAGGGUGAUGCCCAGUACCUCCAGAUCUACGCUGUGACUCCAGUUUCAGAAAACAUUGAUGUGCUGCAGAUGGACCGCGUGCCGGACCGCAUCAAGAGCUUCUACAGAGUCAAUAAUGUCCGGCGCUUCCGUUACGACCGGCCCUUCCACAAGGGCCCGAAAGACAAGGACAAUGAAUUUAAGAGUCUCUGGAUCGAGCGGACAACACUCAUCCUUACCCACCCUCUGCCUGGCAUCUCCCGCUGGUUUGAGGUGGAUAAGCGUGAGCUGGUUGAAGUUAGUCCACUGGAGAAUGCCAUAUAUGUGGUGGAGAACAAGAACCAGGAGCUGCGCACCCUGAUCAGUCAGUACCAGCACAAGCAGCUUCACGGAAACAUCAACCUGCUCAGCAUGUGCCUCAACGGGGUGAUCGACGCCGCCGUCAACGGAGGAAUCGCUAGAUACCAGGAAGCGUUCUUCGAUAAAGAGUACAUUAGCAGUCACCCGGAGGAUACGGAGAAGAUCACCCAACUCAAGGAUCUGAUGCAGGAACAGGUUCAUGUCCUCGGAGUGGGUCUGGCCGUCCACGAGAAACUGGUGCAUCCGGAAAUGCGUCCCCUGCACAAGAAGCUGAUCGAUCAGUUCCAGAUGAUGAGGAGCAGCCUCUGUCAUACUUCAAGCUUGUAUAACUACUUCAAACUUUGUGGUCAGGGUUCUCAAGCCAGCAUCAAGUGUGUUCCCCAUUCUCCACUUCUCCUGCUUUUCUUUUCUACCCCUAUAUUCCCUAUCCCUCUCCUCCCCUGUCUCUCUCUCUCUCUCUCUCUGUCUAUCUCUAGCCCUCUGAAUGUGUUGGGCUCUGUCCGCCACUCCUCCUCUUCUCUCUCCUCUCACACCUCCAGUGAGACGGGAAACCUGCUCAUCCUGAUGGACAGUAUGAUGGAGCACCCGGAGGACCUCUACCGCAUGCAGCCCAGUCCAUCAUCGUCCAGUUUGAGCUCGACACAUUCAGCUCCGUCUCAGAUGAUCAACUCAGGGCAUGGCAGCAUCAGAGUUGGGUCCCCAUCACUACCUGACAGAUACAGACACACCAGAGAGAUGUUAAUGCUCCUACCGCCGCACAGGGACCGUCCCAGCAGUGCCAUGUACCCCAACAUGACCGAGAACGGACAGCCUACUAACCAUCAGAGGGCUCUUUACCAUCAGGUUAUUGGUCCCUGCAAACCCUGCAGUGACCCCAAUAUCUCUGUGGCUGAUAAAGUGUUGACAGCUCCCAGCAGCUGGAGUUUGGACAGUGGCACCAGGGACACUCUGCCGUUCCUCUCUGCUCAUGUCGGGAGUGUGAUGGCGCCACCAGUUCCCCCCCGCACCCUCCCUCCCGGACACUUCUCGAUGCACUUUGAUGCUUUCCACCACCAGAUCAACGAACUCCCUCCAGCUCUCCCCACGCGCUCUUUAAGAAAGUCACCCCUGCACCCUAUACCUGCCUCACCCACCAGUCCACAAUCGGGCCUGGAUGGCAGUAACUCCACCUUGUCUGGCAGCGCCAGCAGUGGCGUCUCCUCCUUGAGCGAGAGCAACUUCGCCCAGUCCUCCUCUGAGCCUCCAGCUCGAGCUGACACCUUGGACUCGAUGCCAAACAGCCAGGCCUGGACCACGGACACGGAGGAAGCCGAGAGUCCCUACCUCCCUGUACACUACAGCAUCUCCGAGCCUGAAGUUCUGGACCCUCUCAAGCCCACUCCUUGCCGUAGUCACUCAGCCCCACUGGGCGUAACCCCAGGGAUGCCCACUGACGGACACCAUCAUCACCUCCAUCUCCACCAUCACCACCCACAUGCAAUACACAUCACCCACCCACACUACCACCACCAUGAGCCUGCACCUGCUCUGCCUCCCAAACCUUACCUGAGGGAAGGGUGUAUCCCUGAAGAGGACCUGAGGCCGGUUCCAAGGCCAAUGCCCCGCAAGAUCUCCCAGCCUCUGCUAACGAACAAGGAGGAGCAGGCCAAGGUGGCCUGGGAACACGGCAUCAGUAAAGAGUAGGUUCAGCUUGGACUGUUGGCUUUGGUGUCAUAGGUGGUUGGGUUUUGGGAAAGUCCCAAGAAAUGACUGGGUUUGAACCUCUACUCUACAUCUCAUGUAUCCAGUAUAGGUCUUUGAAACCUUUCAAGAAGUGCUUGAUAUGUUGCUGAGCUUCUACAUGCUUGUGAGACUUUUUGUUUUGUGCUUAGCGGUUGUUGAUUGGGAGUUGCCCAGGAACCUUGAGUUCAAACUGCUUGUAGAGCCCAAGCUACUUCCCCUCAUUAGUAUCAGUAUAUUGAUUGGAUAAUGCAGAUAUGGUAAGAAUCCCGAAAGUUGUAAAGGUACAAAAACAGAAUUUCAGAUGAAACAGGAAGCACAAAAUCAGAUUAAGGUGGUUUUCAGGUGUACCAGAUCCAAGCGUUUCAUGUCUUCAAAGAUAGAUACACCUCUUGUCAAGGUCUACAACUUGUUAACACUUCAUAUCAUCGUUACAAUAGUUUUGAUUGACAUCAUACACCUU